UAUUUAUCACAUAAAAUUUUGAAUUCAUGUGUCAAUAUGGAAAUACAAAUUUCUCAUGAUUUAGUGCUUUAUGCUGUCACUGAACUGGUGAACAGUGCGGAAUUCCUUACCAUACUAUGGGUGAAUCACAGUAUUACAGAGAUGUCCCUUCCAUAACUCAGGAUCUAGUUCAGUGGUCUUUAACCUUGAUACAGAAGUUCUUUGACACUCCACAGACUGUUUCUCUGAGUCUCAUGUGAGCUGAUAAAUAGCAAAAUCCCUAACCCACAGCCUUAUUAGUAGAUUUAAAUUUAUUGCUUCAUACAAACAGUAGAGGAAAACUUUCUAGGGCUUUGAGAGUUCAAAAAUUAAUUGAAGGCCAUUGGCCUACCCUCUUCUGCUGUCCUCACAUCACGAGAUGAUGCAAGUGCCUGUAUACUUUCACUUUCAUUAUGCUUUUUAAAAGGAAACAAAAUAAUGCAGGCAAAAUAAUCAAAAGAGGCAAAUGUAGGUGAUAUCAACAUGAAGAAAGAGAACUGUGAGGCCCUUGAAGUUGGACAUAAAUGCUGUACAUCCUUGACCCCUGGACCCAGCUGUGAUCGUUUUAAGCUACACAUCCCUUAUGCAGGAGAAACACUCAAAUGGGAUAUAAUUUUCAAUGCUCACUAUCCUGACUUGCCACCAGAUUUUAUCUUUGGAGAGGAUGCUGAGUUUUUGCCAGAUCCUUCUGCCUUGCAUAAUUUGGCUUCCUGGAAUCCUUCAAACCCUGAAUGCCUCCUGCUUGUUGUGAAAGAGCUUGUGCAGCAGUAUCAUCAAUUUCAGUGCAGCCGAUUAAGGGAGAGUUCUCGUCUCAUGUUUGAGUAUCAGACUUUACUUGAAGAGCCCCAGUAUGGAGAAAACAUGGAAAUCUAUGCUGGCAAAAAAAACAACUGGACUGGAGAAUUUUCAGCUCGCUUCCUCUUGAAGUUGCCUGUUGAUUUCAGCAAUAUUCCUACAUACCUUCUCAAGGAUGUGAAUGAAGACCCUGGAGAAGAUGUUGCACUCCUCUCCGUUAGUUUUGAGGACGCAGAAGCUACUCAGGUUUUUCCUAAGCUGUACCUCUCCCCACGUAUUGAACAUGCACUUGGAGGAUCAUCUGCCCUUCACAUCCCAGCCUUUCCUGGUGGAGGUUGUCUCAUCGACUAUGUACCCCAAGUAUGCCAGCUGCUAACAAACAAGGUACAAUAUGUUAUUCAGGGAUACCAUAAGAGAAGAGAGUACAUUGCAGCUUUCCUGAGUCACUUUGGAACUGGUGUGGUGGAAUAUGAUGCAGAAGGAUUCACAAAGCUUACUCUGUUGCUGAUGUGGAAAGAUUUUUGCUUCCUUGUUCACAUUGACCUACCCCUCUACUUUCCUCGAGACCAACCAACCCUAACAUUUCAGUCCGUCUACCACUUCACUAACAGUGGCCAGCUGUACUCCCAGGCCCAGAAGAAUUACCCAUACAGCCCCCGGUGGGAUGGCAAUGAAAUGGCCAAGAGAGCAAAGACAUAUUUCAAGACUUUUGUCCCUCAGUUCCAGGAGGCAGCAUUUGCUAAUGGGAAGCUUUAGACAGCUUUGGGCGUGGAAACUAUACUGGACAGAUCCUUCAGUCUGCACAUACCAGCCCAGAAGAAGGAUGCCUGGAAAUGGGUUGGACUGUCUUGAUAAGUGCUUUCUUGCCUCUGAACUGGUUUUGGUAGCUUCAGUUUUUGAAACAAAGACCUCGCUAGCAUGCUUAGAGCUGAGUAUUUGAUAUUAGUCCUACCCCUUUGCCUCUGCCACCACCAUUCCUUUAUAUGUCUAUUGGAUUAAAUUUUGAAAGGCGUGUAUUGAUACGAUAACGCUUUCUUGUGCCAACAAUGUCCUGUACAUUAUGCCUUGUUUCCUUGUCUUCAGAUGGUCUAAAUUGGAUUGCUCUUCCCUAUGGAAAUAUGAUGUUAUGUGUACAUUUAGUUAACAUUUUCAGCUUAUCCUAAGGAAACAUAAAACUGCCGUAUGUACCAGGAAUGCCUGAUGGACUGUACAGUGCCAUAUUCUGCCUUGGAGGUUUGUGUCUCACUGUGGUUGUAACUCUCACAGGUAUGGAUAUGAGUUGCACACUUCAAUUCUCAGUGCCUUUCCAGUUGGUCUGAAGUUAAUAUGGCAAGGUGUUUGAGGUUUGGUGGUUUUUCUAGUACUUCUGCUGAAAGCUCAUUUUAUGUGAAAUGUUAGGCUUUUAUGCUUCCAGUUGUACAAUUUUGGUGUUUUCCUAAUAAGUGCCCCUUGCCAUUACAAAAAAGUUCUGUUUCUUUAGUACCAACAUGCAAGGAACUAGUUACAUAAACCAGUAUAACAAAAUAAAGCUCUUUCAUAGACCUGUAAUUUUUCCAAAUAAGAUAAAUACUGCUAAGAAGCAAACUUUCAACAAAGGAAUGAAUGAUGUCUUGGAAAAUAGCUGAUGAAAUAAUGUAGGGGAAUAAGUAUUCAGCUUAAUGCUUAAGUUCAGCAUAUCUUCUCAGAAAAUAUUUUUAAGUGUAUAUAACUGGAAACAUUACCUCUCCUAAUUCUGAAAUGCCAAAUGCAAAAUCCUGCCUAUUCAUCCUUUCUUUCCUGCUUGUGUCAGGCGCACCAGUUGGGACUAAUGGUCACAAUGUCACUUCCUCAAUUAAUUUGUGAAUAGACCAAGGUACUUUCCAGUAAGGAAUAAAAUUAACAAAGUAUGUUGGCUUAUAAAUGGUAUCUGGAAAAUGUGCCCUACUUCUGCUAAAUACAAGGAACUAAAUAAAUAGUAUACAGAUGAUACAGUGGAACUGGAAAACAUUUUAUUUUAAAUUAUACACUAUAGCAUCACAUGCAAGGAAGUCUCGUCAAGCUACUUGAUUGGCAGUAUUCUCCUACCCUUUCUACAACUUGUUAUUUCGCAUGAAAAGUAGUGCUUUUCAGGGUUUAUAUUCCCCUAGGAAUACAGAUGGGUUUUACCUAGUGAAGCUUAAUAAUUAAGAAUUAUGCAAAUAAUUCGCCUCUAGAAACUACAAGUAUUUUUAGCUAGUUUGUGGGCAAAAUUUAAUUUAUGUUUCAUACUGAAGUUCUUGGCUGAAAAUUAAGCUGCAAACAAAAUCUGUAUUGUAAGAAUAAAUACAAGAAUAAGAAGUUCUAUUGCAA